AUGGCUCCUCGCAUAUCUCAAGCCGUAUUGCUUUUGACAGGUGCAAUAACAGGUCUAGCUACUAUUGCAGCCAUAUCCUAUUAUAAGAACAAAAAAAGGAAUCGAUCCGCAAACAACACACGGACAACACGGUCAACAGCUACAGCAACAGAAUCAACAACAGGUAGAUCUAACACUGUCACUGGAAAUACCAGUAGAUCUGCAGCCCGAUUGCGACGAGCACGAUCUAUUCGUCGAAGAACGAGAAAUGAGGAUCAAGGACGAUCGCAACUCAUACCUGCAGGUGCAUCGUCAAAUAGCAAUAACAAUAACAAUAACAAUAACACGAACACCAACGUUGACGACUUAUUCUUAUCUGAUACAGAGGAGGAGCUUGUUAGUGGAAGAAUACUUUCUCUCUUCAAAGAAUGGAGCGAGGAUGACAAUAAAAACUUACUCAAUUUACUUUAUGCUAUAUCUGAAAAUCAAUCAAUGAAGGAGGGUUAUAUUCACCGUGGUAUCACUUGUAACAAAUGCAAUAUGUCACCUAUACGAGGUGUUCGAUACAAAUGUGCCAACUGUGUCGAUUUUGAUCUCUGCGAAAUGUGUGAAGGAUCUAAGACACAUAUUAAUACUCAUGUUUUUCUCAAAAUAAGGAUUCCUAUACCGCCCUUAGCCAAUCCUCGAAAUGCUCUACUAUCACCUUUAUAUCCAGGAAAACAUCGCAGUAAAAUCUCUUCAUCUUCUCUAGCAUACACAUUAACAAGUGAAAGAUAUAAAAAGUUAGAACAGAGUUCCCAUUUUGAUCAAGUAGAAUUGGAGGCACUUUACGAGCAAUAUAAGUCCUUAUCUACCGUUGAUAAAGAUGGAGGAGGCAUCGAUCAGGACACAUUCCGGCAAUGCUUGGGUCCUCUAGGCCUGGAAAAGAGUUUAGUUACAGAGAGAAUAUUCGCAUUUUUUGAUCAAGAUGGGGACGGAACCAUUACCUUUGAUGAAUUAGUAGCAGGGUUAAGUGUAUUGUGUAAAGGAAACUUUGACGAAAAAAUAGAACAAAAACAACGACUAGAUGCCUUCAAAGGCUAUGAUUUGGACGGAGACGGUUAUAUCUCAAAGGAUGAACUUUACAGAAUGUACAAGUCUUACUUUUAUUUAUCCAUGGAAUUGGUGCGAGAUGUUGUGAGCGCCAUGGAGGAUGAAAUGAUGGAUUCGUUUGAAUUUUCAGCCUCACAACCUGUAAGCGCCGCAUUCAACGUGGCCAUGCCUUCCAGUUCAAUUACAAGAAGACACCGUCCAUCAAGCGAUACGAGCAGUACUACGGAUCAUGACAGUAGUAGCAGCAGUAGUAGCGAAAGUGAGAGUGAAAAUGAUAGUAGUCGAAGUGAGAACGACAGUAGUAGUGAAGACAGUGAUGACUCAAGUGCUAGUGAUGACGAAGAUGAGGAAGAAAAGCAAGUUAGUACAGAUGUCACUAGUGAUGAUAGUGAUGGUGAUGAUCUCGAAAAUACAAGCAGUAGUCAUAGCGACAGUGAUGAAGAGCAGCAAGAAGACGAGGAUGAAGCGACUACAUCCAUUCAACACCCCAUGGAUCCAUCCUCUUCUUCUUCUGUUCAUUGCAACCACCACCACAUCAAUUUCAAGAAACAGCCAAAGCGGCCAAGACGUUCUAAGAAAUCAAGGUAUCCGGAAAAAGAAGACCAUUUUCUACAACAAUCUAAUAGAGAAGCGGAACAUGCGAGGGCACUCUCUACAGUUUCUCAAAGCGAAUUGAAUGAAAUAGCCGACAGUGCUCUGAGGGCUGAUAGUCAACACUUCUUCAUGGUUUCUCCAAAACAAAAAAGUGAUAAUACUAACAAUAAGUCAAAAAGCAAAAACAAACAGGAUGCUUCAGGUGAAUUAGAGAAGCAGAGUAAAAAGAAGGCCUGGAAAGAGAGAUUCCCUAUUAUGGAAACAAUGUCUCAAGGAGCUAUUCAUGAAAUGGUUGAUAACACAUUUGCUAACAUUCAAACUGAAAGAGAGGGCUACAUCAGCUUUAGAGAAUUUAGAGAAUGUGUACAGCAUGAUCCCAGUAUUGUAAGCUGGUUCGAAGCAUUAGGCACUGUAUUCUAG